CUGGAUUGACGUGUUAAAGUUGGUAUUAAUCGGUCUUAAGUGUGUUAAACUAUGACUACAAUGUGCUGAAAUCCCCAAAUCAGUUUUUUCUCCAGUGAUUAUUCUAGAUGCAAUAAAUUGUCUUUUACUCAGGUAUAACUAAAGGAAAAAUGUGUGAUAUGGUUCAAGAUGAAAGUUGCCCUGUGAUUUAUCAAUCAGAUAAAUGCUCCAAAGAGGAUAUAGUAUCAUCUAACUUGAAUGAAGAAGAGAAUAAAAAAGAUUCUAACCCUGAGAUACUGGGAAAAUCUGACUCUUGUACAACUGUAGUGUCAUCCCAAGUUCUUCAGAAAUUAGCUGAUGGAUUUUUAUCAAUCUAUAUUGAUGAUAUUCAGAAGGCAGCUUCCAGUUUACAAGAAUUGACGAAAAACCAAAAUAUUGUUAUAGAAACACUCCAACAAGAAAAUGUGAAGUUUUCAGAGGUCUUGAAAUUGCAUCACUUGACAGACAUGUUUUCUAGAAUAAAGCACUACAAUGCUAAAGUUCUCUCAAUAAGAAAAGAGAUGUUAGCUAUUCAUGAAAGAACAGCAAAAUUAAAGAAACGAGCUAUGAAGCUUCAGCAACAGAAGCAGAAAGAAGCUUUGCAAAAAGAAUUGCUUCGAGAUCGUGAAAUAGAACGAGACAAACAGUUAGCUCCAAAAAUAGCAACAAAGCCAAGUUGA